CCUACGGGUCCUUCUCUCGGCUCCUCCCAUUUGCGGCCCGAUCGCACGCCUUCCUCGCGACUCGAAACCCAGCCAACCCUUCUUCCUCACUCUUUGCCGAAACCCUAGCCGAACUCCCUCUUCUCUCUCCUCUUCGGCUUGCUCCAGCAAACGACCGACCGGUGUCCUCUCCCUCUUCGGAGUCUUCUCAUUCUCUUCUCAAAAUCGCAGAAGGCUGGUAGCCGGGAAAGCUUAAGGGGUUGCCUGAUUGCCACCAAAUAUGACCCCGAUCUAUUUUCGCUGAUGAUGAAAUUUAUAUUUGCAAUAGAGAAAGGUAUUUGUCUGAUACUAAAGAGAAACAAUGGCUGCACACAAGAUUGCUCAUGCUACUCUUAAGGGCCCCAGUGUUGUCAAGGAGAUAUGCAUUGGGAUCACUCUAGGCCUUUUUGCAGGUGGGCUGUGGAAGAUGCAUCACUGGAAUGAGCAGCGAAAAACUAGAGCCUUUUAUGACAUGCUCGACAAGGGUGAGAUCAGCGUCGUCGUUCCAGAAGAAUAAAAUGCAUUGUCAUAUUACUUAUUCAGAGCUUAUUUGAUUCUGGUCAGAAAAUGGCUAAAAAUAUUUUUGUGUUUGUUCAAGUAGAAGUUAAGUUUUGAGUUAUAUAAUAUGCAAUAAAUUUCAACUUCUAAUACUGUGCUUAGUAUGCACUGUGUUUUGCAUGUAGCAGUUUCAUAAAAUUUGUGCAAUGCUUUCAUAAAUUCA